CAAGGCGGAGGGUUCCGGGCCCAGCUCCACGGGGCGGAGCCUGUCUGUGUCCCGGGCGGUGGGCGGAGUAAGAAGUGGCCCCAGCCCGAAAACGGCAGGAGACUGGGGGGUUUCUCCCCUCCCCCCGCGGCAGCAUGGAGGCAUUUGUGAACUUCACCAACCAGACCCAGGGCCGGGACCGGCUCUUCCGAGCCAUCCAACACACAUGCAUGUUGCUUAGCUAUUUAUUAGAGCAUAAGGCUGACAAAGAGACGGUGAUAAUGAAGCUCAAGGAGUUGGAAUCUAGCAUGCGCUCUGGCCGUAAAUUGUUCAGACUGGGCAACAUGGUGCAUGCCAUGGUAGCAGCCAGGCGAACUACCCAGCUACCAGACCUGGUACCCCGUCUCUGCCUGACAGCCUCCCACCUCAACCGUGUCCUGUAUUUCAUCUGUGACACAGUCCUGUGGGUGAAGAGUGUUGGACUCAUCCCUGAUGUUGACAAGCAGAAGUGGCGGAAUUGGGCUACCAAAUGCUAUUACUAUUCACUGCUGAUGAGUUUGACCAGGGAUUUGUAUGAGAUCUCCUGGCGGAUGGAACAGGAGGCUCAAAGGGAGAAGGCAAGGAAGGAGAACUCUUCUCACUGUGGUGAACAAGAUCAGGACCUGUUCGGUUUCCAUGCAGGUGGGUUGCAGCCUUUUCUCCUCCUGCUGUACAACACCCUGAGGAAACACCCUCCCUUGUUGCUAGACACAGUGAAGAACCUUUGCGAUCUCUCUAGUCCUUUGGACCAGCUGGGAAUCUACAAAACCAACCCAGGAGUUAUUGGGCUCUGCGGCCUCCUCUCGUCCCUGGUGGGGAUCCUCACAGUGGCAAGUCCACAUAUGAAGCUGAAGCACUGAUCUGAGAGCAUCAUAUACGGUGAACUGGCAGGUUUGUUUCCCAGGAUGGUAUUUUAAAAAUGAACAUUUUUGACAAUCGCUCUUCAUACGUGGUUUGUUCUCUGGAGGAGUCAGCUUUACUUCCUCCUCCUCCUCCUUCCUGAUAUCCUCUCAGGUGAGGAGCUGCUCUGUGCUGUGACAUACUGCAUGAUGGAAGAGAACGGUGAACAGGCUGAGCAAGGACUGAGUAAAACAUCCCUGAAGAAUAUCGUGAAACAUGGAAAUCAAGACUUUACAAAUUGCUGCUAGUUAAGGACAGGUUGCUGUCUCCUGUAUUUGAAUAUAGACAUGUGGAAUAGCUGCACAGGCAACUAAAAUUGUAUAAAAAGCCAUAAGUAGCGGUGCUGACACUGGAAAGGCAGAAUUCACCAAUGGGGGUUCAUACAAUUAUUUGUCUUUCUUGAAUACAUUCAAGCAGGAUAGUACCAGGAAGGCUUUGGGAACUGUAGUUCAAAUGGCCUGGAUUAAAAUGUGAGUUCUGAGGGGGAUGGAGGAUGCCAGGGGACUCGUAAUUGGAUAUAUGGAGCUUUUCAUCUCUAGGCAGUGGUUCAAAUCCAGCCCAGGCUGGUAGUAACUGAAGAGUGCAACUGUUGGGUGAUAUAGUGGCCACCAUUGAAUAUGUAUUGGUGGGACUGGAUCCAGUUCCUAGUGAAUAGAUGUCUAUAUCCCAGAAACCACCACCCCAUCUGCCCUCCUUGUUGACAAUACAAGGCCAAGGAUUGCCUGGGCCAUGGAAUCUGAAUUCCUCUCUAGAAGGGUCCUUCCUGGUCAUGGUUAGGUACUGUCUUUUUCCAGUGUAUGGGGGUAGCUUACUUCAGUGCUGCUCAUGCUGGGGAUAAGCAAAGGAUUUCAGUCUCCAUGAUUGCUGAUCUGGCACCAUUCACCAGCACUAGCCUUCCCCCAGAUACACACACCAAAACCCUUGCAAUCCCAGGAGGGUGAUAAUUUCUGUAUUCUCUGAAGCAGCUUUUGCACUGAUACUGCUUUAGUUUUGCUGAAAGUUUUCAAAUAUCAGUUUUAAGUCCUCCUGCUAUUGAAGGAAACCUGCCCCAGGGCUUCUGGUGAGUGAGCUGGAAUGACACUGCCAGGGGGUGUUGUCAGAAAAGGGAACUUACACUCUUGGACUGGGAUAAGCUUGCUGAUGCCAAAAUCCUUUGAUAAGCACCUGCAAGAAGAGAAUCCUUUUAUCUGACCCUCUCUAUAGUGCACCCCAUCGUGGCCACCUGCUCGGAUAAGGACAUGUGGUUUUCUCUUAUGUCACCUCUCUGUUUGUGUGGGUUCUACGGAUCUCAUGUCCCUUUUGUUCCCCCAGCCAUCUAGGUGGAAUGUUGCUUUGAAUUAUUACACAGGUUAUGGGAGAAAAUACUGUCUAAUUUUCUAACAUGUAUGAUGUGCGUUGUUUGACAUCCUUGUGGGUGAGGGGGACUGACUUUACAGACAUCCCAAUUUCAUUAGCAUCUGUGACUCAGCUCCUGUAGAAUCUACUUGUGAUGCAAGAGCCAAAACGAUCCCUUCUCUGGGUCUGAGCCUGGUCUGUGAUCUCUGCUCACCACCAAUGCAGAGACUUUGCCCCUCCCCACAGCUGGGAGGGCAGGGUGGUGAGUUUACAAACAUUCCCGGUAGUUUUCUGGUAGAGAGGGACUGUGGAAGGGCCAGCCUAGUCACACUCAAGUGUCCAAGUAAGACAGCCUAAGAGUGAAAAAACUCUCCUGUGCGGGGAAGGGGGAUAAGUGAGGAAAGGUUUUCAGGCUGGCUGGUCUCUUCAAAGCCUUCCACCACCAGGGGCUGACCUGUAACACCACCACAUGGUUCUGACAAGGAUGCUUAGGCUUCCGGGCUCAGUGCUACGGGAUUCCGACAGGCCUGUCUUAGUCCUUUCCUUAGGUAGGUCCCUAGAUUUUAGAAGCUAAUACUUGCUGUUCCCCCUGCGAGCUGGAAGCUAUGGGUUUAAUUUAUUUAAUUUAGCUUAAUAUAACUAAAGCUGGACAAUCAACCAAAAGGAGAGAAUUCUUUAGGUCAGCCUCCUGGAAUAAGGGCUGCUGCUGCUGUACAUUGUCUAGGGAAACACAACUAAUAAACUGAAGCUGAGUUUGAA